UACGUCAGCCGCCAUAAUCAGAGAAAGCCCCCUGCCCCAGGCCUGGCCCCUCCCCAGGUCCAUAAUACCCUCUCUCGGCUGUCUGGGUCUGAAAGCCAAGGUUCCCCCGACCUAAUCAGAGUGGUGGGCUCCACUGCACUGGUCUCCAUAUUCCAGAGCAGAAAAACCCGUUUGCUAUUGGCCUAGGACUGUGGCCCAGCCAGGGGUGGAUGGCCCCACAAAUUUCCACGGAUUCUUUUCCUACUGGGGCCCUGAAACCUGCUCAGCCACUCUUCAUUCUUUCAAGUUUGAAAUGUUUGGGUUUUUACCAUCCUUUGACAUUUUUUGUGUGUGUUCUCCGAACUUAGAAACUUGGCUUUGGGUGCCAUAGCCUAUAAAAGGGGCCCCCACUCUGCACCCUGGCACCCAGACCUUGGACUCGACCACUGACUCAGUUGCCUUUCUCCAGAAAAACCGAAGGUGUAUCAAGGUGUCCGAGUGAAGAUCACAGUGAAGGAGCUGCUGCAGCAAAGACGGGCACACCAGGCGGCCUCCGGGGGAACCUGGCUGCCUGCACAGCUCUCCCUGUGGCUCAGAGUAUGGGAGUGAGUAUGCCCUGUAACCCAAAAGAGGUGUGGUGAGCUCGGCUUCCCAGCACAGAAUCACAGAGCAAUACAGCAGUCCAGAGGCAGCAGUGUCCACCUUUCAGACCCAGUUGCACCAUCUUCUGCAGGACUAUAUUUUGAGCCUGAACCAAUUCCUUCCACACCCAAUUAUUUUCAACGGGGAGAAUUUUCCAGUUGUGUUUCAUGUGAAGAAAACUCAAGCUGCCUCGACCAGAUCUUUGAUUCCUACCUUCAGACAGAGAUGCACCCGGAGCCUUUGCUCAAUUCCACACAAAGUGCUCCACACCAUUUCCCAGACAGCUUCCAGGCCACCCCUUUCUGCUUUAACCAGAGCCUGAUCCCAGGAUCACCUUCAAAUUCCUCCAUUCUCUCUGGCUCCUUAGACUACAGUUACUCACCAGUGCAGCUGCCUUCAUAUGCUCCAGAGAAUUACAAUUCCCCUGCUUCUCUGGACACCAGAACCUGUGGCUACCCCCCAGAAGACCAUUCCUACCAUCACUUGUCCUCACACGCCCAGUACAGCUGCUUCUCCUCGGCCACCACCUCCAUCUGCUACUGCGCAUCGUGUGAGGCAGAGGACUUGGAUGCUCUCCAGGAGGCAGAGUACUUCUACCCGAGCACAGACUGUGUGGACUUUGCCCCCUCAGCAGCCGCCACCAGUGAUUUCUAUAAGAGGGAAACAAACUGUGACAUCUGCUAUAGUUAAUAGAAAUUACAGUAAUUCAGAACAUGGCAUGGGUAUAUCUAUUUUUCUACCACGUCUAGAUGACACUGCAAAAUACGCAACUUGGUAACACAAUAUCCCAAGCACAGUUUACAUGUCACUAUUUCCAAUUUUCUGAUGCUAAGCAUUCAUAUGAAGUCCUCAGACCCGGUCACAGUGCCACUCCUACUUUGUAUGCUCGUAGUUUAAAUUUUUGUAGGAAACUUUCCAUUGUUUUACUUUUUGUAUAACGAACAAAUGCUCUCUCCUUUUUUACUAAUAAAUAAUUUUGUAUUACUA